AUGUCAACUCGUUGGUAUCCUCUUUAUCAGAAAGGUAACCCACAGCUUAGAGUGUUUCUUCCAAACUUCUGGUUAAAACUUGUAAAGCCAGAACGUAACCAACCAAACAAUAUAAUACAAUUUCACUGUUCAAUGGAAAUGACAAGGUUUGAUGUAAAAAAUUACUUAGAAAAAAUCUAUGAUAUACAUCCCAUUCAAGUGAACACCAGGAUUGCUCUUGGAAAAACACAUAAACCAACAAAUUUUGUUGUCAAGGAUGAUGAUGUAAAGAUAGCUUAUGUUACGCUACCUAAAGGUGAAACAUUUACAUUUCCUAAUGUAUUGCCUGAAGAUAACACAGAUAAAUCGCAGUUGAAAGAAACAAUGAAUGAACACAAAAAAAAUUUCCAAGAUUUUAAAGGAGAUUCUAAAAUGCCAGGAUUUCCUACUUGGUUUAAGGUAUAA